AUGACUUGCAGAAUGGUGACCUCACCCUUCAGUGAUUUCAGUGUGGGGAUAGGUGGACACAUCAGAAUCCGAGUCUUCCUGAGACGGCUUGUUUUUAUGUGGUAACAGCUUACAGGUUCCCUGGAGACAGAGCGAAGCAGAUCCCACCCCCCCCAACCCCCCCAGGAGCUACUUCAGAAAUGUGUCACAGAGAAGGUUGAAAUGAAACACAGCCGUGAAUGAGCAGAAAAGAAGAAAGAAAAAGGACAAAACCGUCGACUGGAAGGGCACAGAGCAGUCGAUCAGAAUUGCGACUACAGAGAGCUUGAUUUAUGGAUUCUGGAAGCCAUGUAAGUUAAAUAUAUCUGUGCUCUAAUCGGAUCUCAAGAGACAUUUACUCACUUUCUGGCUUUGAAUGAUGAUGCCCUGGAAACACUGUCUCUUUAGUGUGUCUCUUAUCAUGGCCCUGAUUUUUGUAUUUGUUUACAAUAACGAGUUGUGGGAGGAGAGGCGUUUUCUGAGGGCAUCUCUGUCGAAUGCUUCCCUGUUAGCAGAAGUCUGUCAUCAGGUUUUUAAGGGGAAGGUUUUUUACCCAACAGAGAAUGCCCUGAAAACUACCUUCAGCGAAUCUACCUGUCACGACUACGUGGCUCAAAGUCACUAUAUAACAGAAACUCUCUCUGAGGAGGAAGCCAGGUUCCCUUUGGCUUACACAAUGACCAUCCACAAAGACUUUGUCACUUUUGAGAGACUCUUUAGGGCAAUUUACAUGCCCCAGAAUGUCUACUGCAUUCACAUGGAUGAAAAGGCGACAGAUCCAUUUAAAAAUGCGGUGAAGCAAUUACUAAGCUGCUUCCCAAAUGCUUUUCUGGCUUCGAAGAUGGAGCCUGUAGUCUACGGCGGGAUUUCCCGGCUCCAGGCCGACCUGAACUGCAUCAAAGACCUCGUGGCCUCCAAGGUCCCAUGGAGGUACGCCAUCAACACGUGCGGGCAAGAUUUCCCCCUGAAAACCAACAAGGAGAUAGUUCAGUAUCUGAAAGGAUUUAAAGGGAAAAACAUUACCCCAGGGGUGCUGCCUCCAGAUCAUGCUAUUGGACGGACUAAAUAUGUCCACCAAGAACUAUUAAACCAAAGAAAUUCCUAUGUGAUUAAAACAGAAAAAUUAAAGCCACCACCUCCUCACAACAUGACCAUUUACUUUGGCACUGCGUACGUGGCCCUCACAAGGGAAUUCGCCAACUUCCUCCUCCAAGACCAGCAUGCACUUGACUUGCUUUCCUGGUCCAAGGAUACCUAUAGCCCCGAUGAACAUUUCUGGGUGACGCUCAAUAGGAUUCCAGAUCCUGGACCCAUUAAACAAGCAUUGAACACAACGUGUGCCAAAUGACCCACUUGCUGGGACACAAAGGGAAGGCUCUUAGAGUUGCUGGACCACAGGAGGAACAGAGGGAGAAAGGAGAAAGCCCCUGCUGUCCUUCAAGUCACCUUCUAGCUACGACUGGUACUCUGAGGUCAUGGCUCACUGAUAGGAAGGUUUUUAUCUGCUGCUAUGCCAGUGAAGUUCUAGAUUCACAACCCUGCCUGGGAAAUUUCUCC